GCAAAGCCACACAACACAAUAAACACAGUACUCCUCCUCCUCCUCUCUUGUGUUUGUUGUGAUGGGUGCUUACCGGCAUUUCGAGCCGAUCGCGAAAUGCGACACCGAGGGACGAUCCAGCCAGACGGUGGCGGCGGACCUAGACGGGACCCUCCUCGUGUCAGGGAGUGCUUUCCCUUAUUACUUGCUUGUCGCACUUGAAGCGGGUAGCAUAUUGAGAGCCUUAAUCCUACUACUAUCCGCCCCAUUUGUUUACCUCACUUACUUGUUCGUAUCAGAGUCAUUGGGAAUACAGAUUCUCUGCUUCAUCACCUUCUCUGGUCUCAAAUUGAAGGACAUUGACCUCGUUUCGAGGUCAGUUUUACCCAAAUUUUACGCCGACGAUGUUAACCCAGUCACUUGGAAGGUGUUCAAUUCGUUCGGGAAAAGAUACAUAGUCACGGCGAGUCCGAGGAUUAUGGUCGAGCACUUUGCGAAGACAUUUUUGGGUGCUGACAAGGUUCUCGGAACAGAGUUGGAGGUCACGAAAUCGGGCAGAGCAACUGGGUAUAUUAAGAAACCAGGUGUUCUUGUUGGAGAACAUAAGAGGGAUGCUGUUUUGAAGGAAUUUGGUACCAAUUUUCCUGAUCUGGGGCUUGGUGAUAGAGAUACUGACCACGAUUUCAUGUCCAUUUGCAAGGAGGGGUACAUGGUGCCAAGAACAAGAUGUGAGCCACUACCAAGGAACAAGCUUCUAAGCCCUGUAAUAUUCCAUGAAGGUCGGUUGGUUCAAAGGCCAACACCUCUUGUUGCUCUGUUGAUGUUCUUAUGGCUGCCCAUCGGCAUAAUCUUGUCAAUCCUCAGAGUCUACACAAACAUUCCAUUGCCGGAACGAAUUGCUCGAUACAAUUACAUGCUCUUAGGGAUCAAAGUAGUUGUCAAGGGUACGCCUCCACCCCCUCCGCGGCCAGGCCAACCCGGAGUCCUCUUUAUCUGCAAUCAUCGGACGGUUUUAGACCCCGUUGUCACCGCGGUGGCUUUAGGGCGAAAAAUCAGUUGUGUCACCUAUAGUAUCAGCAAGUUCACUGAAAUUAUUUCGCCAAUUAAGGCCGUGGCGUUAUCAAGAGAAAGAGAAAGAGAUGCUGCGAACAUUAAGCGUUUGCUAGAGGAAGGUGAUUUGGUUAUAUGCCCUGAAGGGACAACUUGCAGAGAGCCAUUUCUGCUGAGGUUUAGCGCACUAUUUGCUGAGCUUACUGACCGGAUUGUGCCCGUUGCGAUCAAUACUAAGCAGAGUGUGUUCCAUGGCACAACUGUUCGCGGACACAAAUUGCUGGAUCCUUAUUUUGUGUUCAUGAAUCCCAUGCCUACCUAUGAGAUUACGUUCUUGAAUCAAUUACCUGCGGAGCUGACCUGCAAAGGUGGGAAAUCGGCCAUUGAAGUGGCAAAUUACAUACAAAGGGUGCUUGCAGGGACACUUGGUUUUGAGUGCACAAACUUGACUAGGAAGGAUAAGUACGCUAUGCUUGCUGGAACAGACGGUCGUGUUCCAUCAAAGAAGGAAAAGGCUUGAGAAGGAGAAAAUGAAAGAAAAAUUGGUGAAAGUGCAUAUAAAUUUCAUGUUCUUCUCUAUUGUUUUUACAUGUGAUUUGUAACCUUUUUUAUGAGAAAAAAAAACCCCAAUAAUACUCUUAUCAUUAGAAUGAUUAUUAUGAAGUAACUCUUAUGUUGUAUAUUAAUUGGGACGCCAAAUCACCUGUAAUUCGAAAGAUUAUUUUUUUUUAUUGUUUUUAAAAAUUCGUGUAACAAUAUUUAUAUUAUGUCUGUUGAUGUUAUUGGAUGUCAA